AUGGAAGUAAAAAAGACAAUUUUAAUAACUGGUGCCAACAGUGGAAUUGGUAAAGAGACAGCAAAAGAACUAGCAAAAGAUGGUUCUCGAAUCAUUUUAGCUUGUCGUAAUCUAGAAUCAGCGAACCAAGUUAAAGACGAGAUUGUUCAAGAUACAAAAAAUGAAAAUAUUGUUGUAAUGAAGAUUGACUUGAGUUCCUUCCAAUCAAUUCGAGAUUUUGCAAAAGAGUUCCUUUCAAAAGAAGAACGACUUGACGUUUUAAUACAUAAUGCUGGAUAUGGUGGGGCAUUUCAGAAACAUAAGAGUGUUGAUGGAAUUGAGAUUACGUACGCAAUAAAUUACUAUGGACCAUUUCUUCUUACUCAUUUACUUAUUGAUAUACUGAAAAAAUCAGCUCCAUCAAGAAUCGUUAUUGUUGCUUCUGAUCUAUAUAAACUUGCAAAUGUGAAUCUUGAUAAUAUGAAUCCAGUUGAUACGUGGCCAACAUACUUGUAUUACAGUUCAAAGGGUGCUAAUAUUCUGUUUACAAUCGAGCUGGCUAGACGAUUAGAAGGAACUAAUGUUUCUGUUAAUUGUCUUCAUCCAGGUAUUGUGGACAGUGCAAUUUGGAGGCAUAUGCCAUUGCCAGUAAGAAUUCCAUUCUCCCUCGUAAGAUAUUUCUUUAAAACUCCAGCUGAAGGUGCCAAAACUUCAAUUUAUCUCGCAACUUCCGAUGAAGUAAAAACCACGUCUGGAAAAUAUUUCAUGGACUGUCAAGAUGCAACCAGCUCCUUAAAACCUUAUGUAUCUGAUCCAGAGAAGGCAAAAAUGUGUUGGGAAAAAAGUUUGGAAUUUGUUAAGUUGGAACCAAGUGAUCCAAAAAUUUAA